UCAAUCUGCAUUCAGUACCAAUCGGGUCGGUUUAGUUGAACGGUCGGUGCUCAAUACAUUAAACUGCUAACGGGCGUAUUGGGGAGUAUAUCGCAAAAUCCUGUAGAGAACAUCCUUGGUGCAAUUUCAGUAGAAAAUAAAGUAAUUGAGGAAACAAAAAAAAAAACAAAAAAUGGUUAUAGAAACGUGGAAAGAGUCGGGCAUUGCUACGAAGUUCCCCACUUAUCGGAAUGACAAGUUGAUAACAACGAAAAGCUGGCUCUUAGGCAAACAACUGGACGAUGAAGCUGAGGGCUUAUGGCGAAUUUAUGAUGGCAUCUACGACUUCACGGAUUUCAUUAACAAACAUCCAGGUGGCCAGUUUUGGCUAAUCGAAUCGAGGGGCACCGAUAUCACCGAAGCAUUUGAGGCACAUCACAUCGCCGCAGGACCGCAUAAAAUGCUCGAUAAAUACAAAGUUCGUGAUGCUAAAAACCCGCGCAUUUACACGCUCACCAUGCACGAAGAUGGCUUCUAUAAGACGUUGCGUGGACGAGUGCGCGAGAAGCUGAAAACUAUUGAUAAAACACCGAAAGCGAAGAGUGAUCUCAUACACACCUCUUUGUUGGUGUCCAUCUUCAUAUUCGCCAUUCUCAGCGCCCGCUUAAAGAGUUUGCUCUUCCUUGCGCUAGCCGGCACCGCACUCUGCUGGACCACCAUUGUGGCGCACAACUACUUUCACAGGCGUGACAAUUGGCGUAUGUACACCUUCAAUCUGAGUAUGUUCAACUUCUGCUCAUGGCGUAUCUCACAUGCGCUGUCGCAUCACAUAUAUCCGAAUUCGUUUCUCGACUUGGAGUUGUCCAUGUUUGAGCCGUUCGUUUGUUGGGUACCCAAUCCGUAUCUGAAGAGCAAACUCAUGCGUUAUGUCUCAAUAGCCACAGAGCCAAUAACUUACUGCAUUGCUUUUCCGCUGCAGUUGACGACCAGAAUCAUUUACUCGCUGCGUCAAAGCAAUAUCUUGUACUGGCACGACAUUCUGCCACUCAGCAUACCGCUUGCCAUUUUCCUCCUCUCUGAUCUUUCGCUACUUUUAUCACUGCGCCAAUGGCUAUUCAUCACUAUGAUUGCAAGUUUUGCCUUCUGUGUGAUUGGCUUGAAUGCUGCGCAUCAUGAUCCAGAGAUCUAUCAUGAAGGCGAUGCUAAUCGAGAGGAUCGUGAUUGGGGACUCUUCCAAGUGGAUACGAUUAUCGAUCGUGGCGAUUUGAAACAUUCACAGUUCUUGGUGCUAACUCAUUUCGGCGAUCAUAUUUUGCAUCAUUUGUUCCCUACUCUGGAUCACGGCAUCCUGCCCCAACUCUACCCGAUACUCUAUGAGACUUUGGAAGAAUUUAAGGGAAAACUGCGUGAAUGCAAUCAUUUGGAACAUAUACUCGGCCAACAUAAGCAAUUGUUGCGCACCAAACCGAAUACGAAACCACCAGGUUCUCAUAAUUAAAAAAAAAGAAAAAACAUUUUUAAAAAAGUUUAGAAAGACUUAGAGUAGACUAUUCUGUGUAUAUAAAUAACCUUUUGAUUGUUUUAAAAUAUUUUAUAAGUUUCGCACUAUUAUUUUUUAUUAUUUCUAAAAGAAUCCAGUUCACAAUUUUAAUGAAUGCUGAUUUCUGCAUUUAAGUAUAAAGUCUGUAA